AUGGGAUGUUCGGCUUCAAACACCUUAGGUCUCCCUCAUUUGAAAAUAGAUGAAGUUAAAAUAUCGCAGUGAGAGAAGCAGCUUAACUUCAAUGAAUGUCAGGCUGAAACUAUGAUAGAGUGCAUAGAGUCAAACCAAGAAACCGAAGACUAUAUCACCAUCAAGUCAUUCUGAGAAAUUUUGUAUUUCUUUAAAUUUCCAUCUAGUUCUUUCCCACUUAACACUGGGCGAGCUAGCUCAAUGUACAAAACAAUUAAGCAGGACGAUAAAAUUGAUGCAAGGAAAUUGAAAGCCUUGAUCAUUCUAUUGACUAAGGACCAGUUAAAGACUAAAGCACUUCUGUUUCACGAUGUAAUUAAUAAUAAAGUCAUCGAACUGAAGGGGGAGCAGGUCGAAACGUUUCUUGAGAUCAUUUCUACGAUCGCAAUCAAUCUUGUAUGGAUGGCUUUAGGCAAGAAGCCUGACCAAAUAUCUAUGGAAAAACUUUCAGAAAUUGAAAAAAAGCUUGUUGAUGCCCAAAAAGAUUUUAUUUUUGCAACCAAAAAUCUGCUCCUGCUGCAAAAAGAUGUGAUUUCUAAGCGAGCAUUUAUAACUAGACUGCUGAAAUAUCCUUUGCUAUUUACCCCAGCUGGUAUUAGAACUAUGAUUAAUCAGAGAUACAAGGAAAACGUGUUUUUAUACUCAAGUCCUGUGCAGCAAAUCCAUCACAAGAAUACUGCUGAUACAGUUUUUCACGACUGAGAAAAAUUCCCUGACAGUAUUAAUAUAGAAAGGCAUGACGUAGAAAAUUCCUACUCAAAGUUAAACGUCGCCCAUACUGAUUCAGUGAGAUUUACAGAUUCGUUAUGUCUUGAUGACAGCAGGUUCGAAAAAUCUUUCGAAAACUUGAAUUCUAGCAAGGAAAAAAAUGAUGAAAGCAGCAUAGAAAAAGAAAACGUACACGAGGUCCAAGUAGAAAGGGCCAGGUCAAUACUGUUAAGGCGAUAUUUAACAGCCCCUAGAAGUCGUCGAGGGACCAGAGUUGGUAAAUCGCCUGCAGAAAUUGUGGAUGCUGAAGUUCUUAAAGAAAAAAUAAAACUCCUUGAAUCAGAAAAUAAUCAGCUUAAAGCCAAAGCUACCAUAUUCCAUGAAGAAUCGUUAAAAGCCUUAAAAGACCUUGAAAAUGUUGAAAAAUAUGGGUCGCCUUUCCCAAGAAAAAGUCCCAAAAAGAAAGAAGACAAGACUCAGGAAUUCAAGCUAAAACUCAGUGAGAUUGAGUCUAAAAUUGAAGACCUAGCAGCGCAGAAUGAAAAGCAUAUGAGUUUGAAUGCUGUACGACUCUCAAUCAUUAUUUAUAAAUCUAGACUCCGAUCAGCCUUCGGAAAAUGGAAAAUAAAGCCUAUUCGUUUGCCUUCAGUUUUGUCUUCACCGUUCAAAGUAGAGACAGAUGAUUUGACGAAAAACACAAUCACUGCUACAACAAUUGUUACUAAAGAAAUGGUCCAGGAGAUCAAAUGUUUGGUGACUAAAAUUGUGAGGAAAAAGCGAAAAGUGAAGUAG